GGGGCGCGGAGCGUGCGGGAGGCGGGGCCGGGCGUGUGCCGCCGCCGGGGGCCGGGCGGGCGGGGGCUCAGGUGCACCCGCUCCGCCCGCCGCCGCCGCCCGCCGCGGCGCCGCUGAUUGGCCGGUCCCGCCGCCGCCGGGCCGAACAAUGGCCCCGGCCCGCUUAAAGGCGGCGGCGGCCGCGCCGCGGGGAGCGAGCAGCGUGCGCCGCGGCCGCCGCCGGCGCGGAGGCGGCGCGAAGAUGCCCCGGGGCUUCCUGGUGAAGCGCAGCCGGCGGCCCACCCCAGUCUCCUACCGGGCGCGCUGCUGCCGCGACGCCGCCGGCCCGCCGCUCGCCGCCGCCCCGCCGCCCGCCUGCCCCGCCGCCCCGCCGCCGCGGGACUCGCCGCGGGACUCGCCGCCGGUGCCGUUCGGGACGCCUGAUGCCGCCGUGCAGGCGCUGUACAGCCCCACGCGGCCCGUCAGCAGGGACAAGUACCUGGAGCGCGGCUUCAGCCUGGGCUCGCCCGUCUCGGCCGAGUCCUUCCCCGCCCCGGCCGUGCCCGGCACUAUGGACCCGCUCCUCUUCGCUCCGGCCGACCUCAAGUUCUGGGCCGCCGCCGGGCCCGCCGAACCGCCCGGCGGAGCCCCCGGCGGAGCCCCCGCACCACCCGCCCCGGCCGCGCCGGCCGCCCCGGGCCGCCCGCCACCCGCCAAGCGCCCGCCGGGCGCCGCCGAGCCCGGCCGGCAGAAGGCUCCGUCGGGCAAGAAGGCGAAGGCGAUACGCAAGUUGACCUUCGAGGACGAGGUGACCACGUCGCCCGUGCUGGGGCUGCGCAUCAAGGAGGGCCCGGUGGAGGCGCCGGCCAAGGCGCGGGGCGGCUGCGCCCGCCCGCUGGGCGAGUUCAUCUGCCAGCUCUGCAAGGAGGAGUACGGGGACCCCUUCGCGCUGGCGCAGCACCGCUGCUCCCGCAUCGUGCGGGUGGAGUACCGCUGCCCAGAGUGCGACAAGGUCUUCUCCUGCCCCGCCAACCUGGCCUCCCACCGCCGCUGGCACAAGCCGCGCCCGCCCGCCACCAAGAGCGGCCCCGAGGCGGGCCGGGCGCCGCCGGAGGAGCCGCCGAAGGAGGCGGGCGGCAGCGGCAGCGAGCGGGACACGCCGAGCCCCGGCGGCGCCUCCGAGGCGGGCUCCGAGGAGGGGCUCUUCGAGUGCCCGCGCUGCGCCAAGCGGUUCCGCCGGCAGGCCUACCUGCGCAAGCACCUGCUGGGCCACCCGGCCCCCGAGCCCGCCGGCGAGGAGCCGCCCGCGCCGCCGCCCGCCGAGUGCCGCCUCUGCCCCGUCUGCGGGGAGACCUUCCCCAGCAAGAGCAGCCAGGAGCGGCACCUCCGCCUGCUGCACGCCGCCCAGGUCUUCCCCUGCAAGUACUGCUCGGCCACCUUCUACAGCUCGCCCGGCCUCACCCGGCACAUCAACAAGUGCCACCCCUCCGAGAACAGGCAGGUCAUCCUGCUCCAGGUGCCGCUGCGCCCCGCCUGCUAGAGCCGCCCGUGCCUUCCCGGGGCCCGGCCCGGCGCCGGGGCCGCUCCCGCCGGGGCUGCCCGGCCGCGCUGCGGGCUCGCCGCACCAUUAGCUUUAAUACGGCUUGUGAACUGCUGGAAUCUGGCUUUACGUUUCACCUUCCCGGGGUCUCGGUUUGUGUUUUGUUGCUUUGCUUUGCUUCGGUUUCAUGGUUGGUUUUGGUUUGGGUUUUCUUCCCCGGUUCGUUUCGUUUUGGUUCGUUCGUUCGUUUCGCGUUUUAUGUAUCUGUGAACAGAUCAAAGCGCUUGAGGAAGAAACGAGAAAUUUCCUUUAGUAUAGCCACAAAUGCCUUGACUCUGCUGUUGAUGGUCUCCAGAAAAUGCUGUAGAAACUGCCUUAACUGUGACAUGCCAACUUUCUGUUUUCGUUUUUCCCUUUUAAGGUAGCUGAUGAGUUGACUGUCUGUAUAUGUUGGUUUGAGUAAUUAUGUUAUUUAUUCGUUAUUUAUUUAUAUUAAUUAUGAAGAUUGAUAUUAUUUGAUCACGGAUAUUCUAAUGCGCCUUUUUUUGUCUCCCCCGCCUGCCAUUUCACUGUGCGUUUUAGAGGAUCUUUUUUUCUAAAGGGAUCUGCUAAAAAGGUUUUAACUUUUAUACCUAGAAUAACACAUGAUCUUAACCAUUUUAUCUUGUGCAACUGACAGCUCUUACUUUUAGAUGCAAUCUCUUUUUCUACACACAUUAUUUUCUUAACUGUUAGCUAUUUAUAGAGUGCUUCGAUAGGACUGUUUCAACUGUAUAAUUAUUUACUAUUCAAAUAAAAUAUUUUCAAAUUCAAGCGUU